AUGGCGAACCAAACAUCGCAGACGUACAUACCAAGCAAGACCAUCAAGACUGAGUUCCCGCUCAUAGACAAUGACCCACAUUUCAAGCGGGUAAUCGCCUAUGCCCGACCCUCCGACUACGCCUUCGGCGCGGUGGCCGCAGCAGCAGGUCCCGGACUCCUCUGGACGAUGGAGAGGUUCGCACCCUCGUACGCCGGACGGGGCGCCUUCGCACGGGUGAUGCGACUUGCCGGUUUCAUCGGAGUCUGCGGCGGCUUCCUGUCCUUCUAUCAACGAUCGAUCAUGAGGUUCUACGGCAUGAGCGAGAACGCACGGGAGAUCGAGAUGGACAUGCGGGAGAUGGUCGACAAGGUCAAGCGCGGCGAGCCCCUGUACGGCGUGAGCACGCUGAGCCCACACAUGCAGGGCGUCGCGGCGCGGCAGUCGAGGUACUCCGCCACCUUCUUCGAUGCCGUCCCGUGGUUCAACUUUGUCAACCACAACCAGCACGGCGUCGACACCGCCAAGUACUACCGACAGGCCGAGAAGGAACUCGCGGCCGAGGAGCGGACCAAGGGACAGCAGGAGGUUACGCUGCUGGGUUAA